AAAUUCCAAGUUUGCUAGAAGAAAAAACAAAAAAAUAGAAUCUCAGAAUCUCUUAGAAUCGCAGGAAAAUGUCGGAAUUGGUUUCCUCGUCGCGGCACUGCUGCUUCCGACCCGUGACCCACUGCAUCUUCGAGCUGGACGGCCUCCUGCUCGACAGCGAGCGCCUGAACACGCGGGCGGUGCAGCAGAUCCUCGACCCCUUCGGCCACAUCUACGGCUUCGACCUGAAGCUGCGGUGCAUGGGCAAGCCCUCCCCGGAGUCGGCGGACAUGAUCAUCGACAGCUACGGCCUGCCCCUCAGCCGCACGCAGUUCCAGCGCCUCCACAGGCUCCACAGUCGGGACCACUUGGGGUCCGUGGGCCUGAUGCCCGGCGCGGAGCGCCUCCUGCGCCACCUGCACGCCUCCCACGUGCCCCUGGCCCUCGAGACGAGCGGCAGUCGAGAGUCGUACGACCUCAAGGUGCGUCCCCACGCCCAGCUCUUCGAGGUCUUCCAGCACGCGGUCGUCGGCGGCUCCGACUCGGAGGUGAAGCGGUGCAAGCCCUCUCCGGAUAUAUUCCUCACAGCCGCCGCUCGCUUCAAGGAUCCCCCGGAGCCGGAGAACUGCCUGGUGCUGGAGUCCUCGCUACUGGGCAUGGAGGCUGCCUUGGCCGCCGGCAUGCAGGUUGUGCUCGUGCCGGAUCCCCUGCUCUCCAUUCGACUCAGUGCUCCGGCCACACUGAGGCUCCGCUCGCUGGAGGCCUUCAGGCCGCAGUACUUUGGACUGCCCCCCUUCUGAAGAGACCUGCAGAGUGCCUCCUGCAGGAGAAUCCACCACAGCAGACGAUGCUUCCUUCAGAUCUCUCAAAGAAGAAAGAAAAGGGAGUGGGGUUAUGCUUCUGGCCAUUCAAAAUGUGUAGCGGAAGUAGGGAUGAAAGUUCCUAGAAAAUACAGUCAACGGACACAAGAGGAAAGCGGUGAGUGGCCCUCCAGGGGCCUCUUCGAUGGUCCACGUCCAGCCCCCACCAAAGCCGAGGGAGACAUCCUGGAUGUUGGCUGGCAGUGAGUUUGGGGCUCGCGGCGGCGACUGGCAACGGGCUGAUCGGCAGACGAUGCCUGUACUGAGAAGCUCUAGAAUACAUUUUGAAUCCACUGAAUUCUAGCACUCCUUUCAUAGGAGUUUGUUGGUGUCACUGCCGGAGAGCACAGCGGAGAGGCAUGCUCGUAAUCCUCGGAAUCCCCGGAAUCCAUUGUGGUUUUUUCCAAAGGAAUGUUGCCAGAGUCCAAUGUCAAAGGGCAAUCAUGGCGGGAACGCUUUUUUGAGCAGUGCCACAGAUCAUUUCUCGGAGAUCACAAAAUUAUUCGCAGUUUCCAAGCUUUGUGGUAUCGAUAGCUCUCGAUACUCGAGUAGAUAUCUAUUAAUGAAAUGAAAAUAAGAAUGUUUUGGGAUAGUUUAA